AUGUGCACGGUCACGGCCGUGGCUGACCGGCCCUUCCUGAAGAAGUGUCAGCAGGAGUACAUGGACGUGGGCACUUUCGCCCUGUGUCCCCUGCAAAACCUGUGGUUUUUCAAGCAGAAGAGAGAAGUUAAGAGUUUGUUCCUGUUGCCUUGCAGUGUGCCCGCGAUGACGGAGGCGGUGGCCAGACGAGCCCUCCUGCGCUUCAUGGGCUCCUGGAGCUGCGUCGGGUGUGGAGCUGGGGGGGACCUGGCCAUCCAGCACCUGCGGCACCUGGGCACCUACCGCGUGGGUACCCCCCAGGUGUCCCGGCACCUACCACCUGGGUACCCCCCCGGUGUCCCGGCACCUGCCGCGUGGUAUCGGCUGGAGACGUUCAGCGAGUCGAGGUUAAGCGAGUGGGCGUUCGAGCCCUUCACCACAUCUGCCUCCUGCACCCACAGCAGCGUCCUCAAAGGGACACUCGCCUUCCUGCCCUCGUGUGGGGAGAUUGCGAUUGCCCUCAAGGAGAUGUGCAAUACCUGCUCUGGGCGGGGCAGCAAGACCUGUGCGACCUGCCGGGGAGGGAAGAAGCUCCAGCACUUCGAGCAGCUGGUGAUCACCUGGAAGAAUAACGUCUUUGAAUUUGUUUCUGAGCAUCACCUGAACUUCCCAGCAGAGCUGCUCUGCAAAGUCAGUGGGGAGAAUGUAUUUAAAGAUGAAAACGUGGUGGUGUAUCCCAUCAUCGACUUUCCCCACCCUGCCAUCUCCCUGGCCUCGCAGCGAGCCGCGGCAGAGCACAGCGCCGCCGUCACCACAUCCUCCCGCGGUGAGGGGGGGCACACAGCAGAGCCGCCUCGCCAAAGCAUCGAGCGGAUCCCCAUCACCGAGGUGCAGUCCCAGCACGCGGGGAAGCCCUGCCUCUACUACAUCUACGGGCUGGAGAACAAGGUGUAUGCGCGGGACUACCCCGGGAGGUGCUGCUGCGGCUGCGCCCUCCUCUGA